GAUGAGUUUGUGUACUGGCCAAGUCGGGAAGAAUCCAUGAACUGUGAGGCAUUUACCGUCACCCUUAUCAGCAAGGACCGUCUGUGCCUCUCUAAUGAGGAGCAGAUCAUCAUCCAUGACUUUAUCCUUGAGGCUACUCAGGAUGAUUAUGUUUUGGAAGUUCGCCACUUUCAGUGCCCCAAAUGGCCAAAUCCAGAUGCCCCAAUCAGCAGUACCUUUGAGCUUAUCAAUAUAAUCAAGGAAGAGGCCUUAACAAGAGAUGGCCCGACCAUCAUUCAUGAUGAGUAUGGAGCAGUGGCGGCUGGAACAUUAUGUGCCCUUACCACCCUGUCCCAGCAGCUGGAGAAUGAAAAUGCUGUUGAUGUUUUCCAGGUGGCAAAGAUGAUCAAUCUGAUGAGGCCUGGAGUAUUUACAGACAUUGAGCAGUACCAAUUUCUUUACAAAGCAAUGCUAAGCCUGAUCAGCACUAAGGAAAAUGGAAAUGGCCCCCUGGCAAUGGACAAAAAUGGUGUUGUUAUGGCCAAUGAAGAAUCAGAUCCUGCAGAAAGUAUGGAAUCUCUUGUCUAAAAGGAAUACUUAAAGGCACUUAAUUUGUGGAAUUUCUGAAGACUGAACUUUUUGAGGCCUUUUUUGCCAGACUCUAGGUUAUACAAUAACCCAAUUACUUUUUUACACUGAUAAAAGUUUUGAUAUUUAUUUUUGCCAUUUUACGUCUUAAUGGUAUCCUACUGAGCAUUUGCACCUCUGUUUAUUUCACACAGUGAAACACAAUUUUAUCUAGUUUGCACUAUAUGAUCAGUGUUAACUGCCUACAGAGAUAUAAUACAAAAGCAAACAAACCCUGAUGACAUUCCAUGACAACAGACACGCUACUUAUUAGUUGAAAUACCAUGAUGUUUAGUUAAUUGCUAUAAGCCUUGGCUUUACCAUUUUGGAUGCUAGGCCAGAGAAUUAUUUUUGAUUUACAUGAAAAAUGCUGUACCCUUGACAUAUUCCAAUAUUUAUUGUUUAAUUUUCAUACUGUUAUGGUUCUUUUGUAUUCCAGUAACAUGGAUGAGUGGUGUUCUUCAUUGUCUUUCACAAACUGUUGAUCGCUAGAUAAACUUUGGGAAGCUACUGAAAUUCAGUUUAACAGCUGCUCUGCAUUGUCUGGAAUUCCUCUUUUGACUUCGUAAAGUUCAGUGAAUUGCUUUCUAUGGAACACAUAAAAUUCUAUUCCCAAAAUGCAGAGCAAUUCAGAUUUGUGAUUUAAUUUCAGACUUUGGAGUUAUACUUUCAUUAAUUCCCCCAGGUGUUCUUAACAACAUUUUCAUUUCAAGAAAAUAUUUUGAUCAUAUUUCCACUAUGGACAAUUUAAUUACAGUGCAACAAUAUACAAUCAGGUCAUUUUAUUCCAAAAGUAUUUAGCAAUAUUUCCAAUUCAUACACUAUUCACAUUUACAUGUAUAGUUCCUUAAGUUUUCUGGAACAGAACCUCUGUCUUGACAGUAUGUUAUAUGAUGGAGAAAGGAAUUUCUUAAUUUCAUAGCUGUUAGAUGCCGUUUUUACAGGUGUGUAAUUUUCAUACUUUAGUGCUAAAACGUACUGAUCCAUAUUACUGGUGAAGCGAUCUAAUAAAAAAAAACUACCUAUAAGAUUACAUUCUUCCUCUUUUUUUAACAAAAUUAAUUAGUAUGUAUUUCCCAAUUGCAUUAUUUCAUUCUUAGAUACUGUACAUUGUAUUACAUUAUUCUACAGAACAAUCCUAUAUGUCUACUCAAAAGUAAAUUACACUGAAUCAAAGUAUUUAGGAUUACAACCUUAACCUGGUUCACUCCCUUGAAAAAACAAAAUCUACUCAUUAUUUUAACAUUUAAUAUUUUUGUUUCAAAUUACUUUAAAAAGUUGUGCUUUCCAAAACAUUUGUGAAGCUCAGUUAAAUAUAUGGUCUCCUUACAUUGCUUUUUUGAGACAAAUUCAUGGAGAAUAGUUAGCAAUGGCUCCUCAGCAUGAAGGCUACAUUUUAUCUCCAGUAUCAGAGGCAAUAAGCUUCUUAGUUUCAAUUACUGGGGGAAAUGACCAGGACAAUACUAUUUUUGCUCAUAUUCUGCUUCUGGAUGUGACACCAGUACUGGUGGAAUAGAUAGCCCUUUGGUCUUUAUCAGUACUGCUUUCCUAUGUUUUUACAUUGUACAAAUGAGAAAUGAAUUAGCUUCUAGUGAAAUGCUUGAGUACACUAAAAAUGAUUGCAUUUGGCUUUAAUAAAUAAGCAGAAGAUGUAGAGAAACUCAGUAGAAAUUACAGCAUUAGUUAGAAUAGUUAAAGAAAGCCUCCUAUGCACUUUUGACAGCUAUUCAAGAGAGCUCCUCAAACAUCAGAGGAGGAUAGGCAAGGUAGUCCCAUUGUACUAGUAGAAGUCUGCAGGAAAGACAUUAGUUUCCACCCAAUGGCUAUCUGGAUUAGUUCAGUAAAAGCAGCUUGCGCACUCUCUGAAUAAGGUGGUUUUAAACUUUUCCUUUUUUUCUGAAUUUAUUUUUCUAUGUUUGCAAUUCAAAUUAGUAAAAAUAAUGUGCCAGCUUAUGAAAGUAACAAGGUAUGAAGACAGUAACAAGCCAAAGUGAUGUUGCCUCAUCUAAAUGUUCCCUCUGGAGCUGUCAGUGUAGAAGUGGCUGAGCUUAUAUAAAAGGAAUCCAGGAACAGUCAAAACAAAUCUACUUGUAAUUGUUAGAAGUAGAUUAAAACUGGACUGUAAGCCAGAAAUAGGCAGUCAAAUAUUCCUCCAUUUAAGGCAAACAUUCCUAGCCUAUAGAAGGGAUCAUGGGAUCAGUUACAACUUAGCAUUUUCCUAGAUAUUUGGUUGGCAUGCAGUCGUCAUUUUCCCCAUCGUAUGAAUUCCAACUCUGAAAUGGUUUAUUAACUCAGUAAGAACAAGAUCCUUGUAUAUCCUACACCUUCAUUUCUUCCUAAAUAAAAAUUACUUUGAACAGCUCCUCUAAAACAUACUGAAAAUUCUAUAAUUUUCACGUUCUGAAACAUAUUCAUUCCAAUAUUAAUUGCAUUAAACAGCUCCAACCACUGCUACAACAAUUAUAAUAUAGGAACUACUAUGCAAUAAUUGGUCUUCUAGUUAUUGCAAUAUACAGUGGCAUAUCAACAGAUACUUGCAGAAUAAAACCACUAUUUUCUUUAAAAAUUAUUUCAAUUAUUUUCACUAGAAAUAAUAUAAUAAAUUAGAACAUUAUUUAUUCAAAAUAAAAUGCACACACCUUUAGCGGAUAUAAAUGGCCAUCACUCAUUGAGAAAAAUAGUGUUUUGCCAACUUAUAUCCAUCGAAGGCAGACUUUUUUUAGGGAUUCCUAAUGAUAAACUAAUCAGUUUUACAGACAACCACCAACAUUUUUGAAAUACUUCACAACUAAAUCUCAAGGAAUCAGAUGACCUUAAUUCUUCAAUAGAAGAAUUCAAAGUUGUUGCUAUUGUCAUACACACACACACAUAUUCCUAUUCUCUCCACAAAUCAAAUCUAAAUACUAUAUUUUUAGAAACAAAACUAUUUCUUAAAAUACAUUUUCCUUAAAUGUAUUUUAAAGAAUGGGAAGACUUAAUAAAGCAAGAAAAAUAUCCAGUAAAGUGGCAGCUACUCUAACAUUAUGGCAUGUAACUGCAAUCUCAAAAAUAAAUGACUUGUACUACUGCUUAUUUUAAAUUUGCUAGUCAAAUUAUUAAUGUGGCAUUAAAGAAAAUGCCCCAAAUUUGCUAAAUUCCAUUACGAAGCAUUCUUUGAUACUGAGGUAAAUGAGCUCCAUAACAUUAUAAGAACCAUGAACAUAUCACACUAAAAGCCAGUUGAUGGCUCCAAUCUUCUCAGUAAAGGAACUCCAUACAGUGACGUUUAGUCAGUCCACUGCAUUUCCAUAAAUUGCACUUCAGUGUAAUAACAUAUUUAGUUAUGCCAUUUGUACUGCAUCUGUUAGGACUAAGAGGCACAUGGCUUGCACCCACAUCAGGGAUUGCAGUGCAACUGCUGCCAAUGGGCAUUGCUUCAGGAAAUUACAACCAUUGAGCACAAUCACAAUUUUGAUUGCUUCACACCCAAAUUAUGUCAAGAAAUGAUUGGUUCAAGAGGUAAAAGAGGUGUUUUUGCUUUGUUUUUCCAUUUUCAGUUGAACUUUUAAUUUUGAUCUGAUUUUCAUGAAAGGGAAUAAAAAUGCUUGUGACAAGACAGCUUGACUGCACUUCAGCUGCUAUUUCCUAAGAGUAAAUUUGAAUGUGGAUCUUAAAAUUAAAUUAGACCUAUAUCUAGCUGAAGCAAGACUGUUUUCAGGAAAAAGUCAAUGCCAUUUGAACUGGGUUUUCAGUGCUGAUGUAGAAUCUAGUCCGCAGGUGUGUAACUCCAUUUAACAUGUAAUUACCUUCCAUUUAAUAUUUAUUAAUUCUCUUGAUCAUUAAGCUUAACGUUGCAGGCAAAGAGACAAAGAUAGAGGGGAAAGAAUUGCUGUUCAAGAUUAAAUGUAAGAAUGAACUCCACAAAAUAAUUUCACUGUGAUAUGAAAAACUGCACUACUGGGGUUACAUUUCUCAUUCUGUUUUGAAAAGAGGGUAACAUAACAUAAGCUCCAAAACAGAGAACUAGAGCAGUAAUAGAAGAAAAGCAGUGAGUGCCUAAUUCAAUUAGCAUAUGAGUUUUUGUUAUGCAAACAGCAGCAGGCUCAGAGCCAUGAAAGGAUAGAAAAGCUCUUCUACAAAUAUCAGAACAAACAUUCAGAUGGGAGUUUUGGGAAAGCAUUUUCUUUUUCAGAAACAUGGCAGAGUGUGUAGUAGAAACUACCUCUACCAUCUCAUCCCUCUUCAGUUCCAGACUUAUGCAUGCUUCUUCUUAGCUAUUUAUGUGACAAAAAUGUGCACAUUAAUUGCAGUCACAUAAUUCAUAAUUGGAAUCAAUGGAGCAGGUUGAUCAAGAUUUGGCUCCCAUUAAGUUCAAUUUACUUUAAGCACAACCAACAUCUCCUGGAUUGGGGUUUUAUGGCUGCUCCCAGAUAAAUGCUUAACAGUGUUUAUUCCUUCACUGUUUAUUUUACAGUUCUACUCUGCCUUGCUCUUCAAGAUAGAUCUUGUACCUGUUUAUGAAAGGAUCAUUGUAGAACUGCUAAUUGAUAUAAGCUAUUUAUAUGAACAGAUUAAUAGCCUCAUGAUUCUUAUGAGAUACUGUUAUUCAUCCUUCCUGCUAGACUCAAGUUCUAUCCAUCUAUGGAGAAAAAUGGGAUCUUUAUGAUAUCUAAAUGUUAAUUUGUAAACAUGAGUGCUUUAUUCAAAAGAAUUGGAACACUGAGCUUUACAAAAGUCAUCUGGAAUUAAGAAAACAUAGUUAUAACAUGGAUAUUCUCAAACACGUGACCUUGUGUAUUUGGAUGCUCACCCCAAGGCCAUGAGUCUAUGCCUUGAGUUCCUUACUAAUUCCAGUCUAUUGAAAUAUCUUAAGCUCAUUCCCAGUGUACAGUCUUCAUCUGAAAUAUGUGUUUUAUUUUGUAUUGUUUGAUCCAGCAGGUAAUAUUAGAAGCACUUUAUAUUAAUUCAUCAGUCAUGCAUAAUGCUUUUUUUGAAUUUUUAAAAUCAAUUCAGAAUAUAAAUGAAAACAUCCUAAGGUAUAUAUUUAUGUGUAUAUACAAGGAAGACAGAGUAUUCAAACCUGUUCUAAUUGGAGUUAUAAUGAGAAGAGAAAAAAGUGCUUCCUAGCUCCUCUAAAUUAUUUCUUUAAACUGAAGGAGACUGACUGGAAAGUACCGAACUAUCCUCUCUUUCCUUUUUCAUGACACAGCACAAUGAUUUGUUACAAAUGCCUGUUUUCUUAUAAAGUGCUAUUCUCUUUUAAAGUAGAGCUAUCCGUUUUACCAAAGAAGCAUAAUACUAAUUCCUAGCAAAAAUAAUGGUACAAUUAAAGGGGGGGGGGGACAGGAAAAUGGCAUGAUCUGACAUGCUUUCAAAAUUCAUUUUCUUCUGCUACCCAUUCCCAUUAUUGAUGCUUAUGACAGUGAAUUCUAUAUGAACUGGAAAUGUCUCUAAUGCAUUUCUUUUUUGUUACAGAUGUAAUUCUCUACUCUGGCUUGUGUAUCGUUUGAGCUAUCUCUUUUGGUUGCCAUUAUAAACAAUACCAGCUACGCCCAUCUGUGUAGGGCAGGCAUACCAACAGGGGGAGAAAGACAGACAGACCACAGGGAAAGUACUUGGCCUCAGACAUUAUAGUUUUAGCUAUUUGACUGUUUUUAGUAUUUUUGUUAGAGAUUUGAAAUGGA